AAAUUCUCUUUGGUGAAGCUGUAAAUGUGAAGAAUUUGUUAUUGUUUGUAACAAAAAUCAAUAUUUUAUGCAAAAUAUAAUUAAUUUUACAUCUAUGCUGCGAAAAACAUAAUGGAAAAGAUACCAAGGACUCAUGAAGCUAUUGAAGCUCAAAUAAGAGAAAUACAGUCUAAAAAAAAUGAACUCCCUGAAAACGGUUCUGGAAAGGGUGUCUCCCUUGCAGACACUUACUAUGACAGUGAUAUUUACGAUAAUGCUGGUCAAGGGGGUAAAUCCAGAUAUGACGGCUACGUUACAUCGAUAGCUGCCAAUGAUGAAGUAGAAGAUGAAGAUGUGGAAAAUGUUCCAAUCACACAGAAAAGAUCUGGAUAUACUGCUCCUGCUUCCUUACUUAAUGACAUAGCUCAAAGUGACAAGGAUUAUGAUCCAUUUGCUGAUAAAAGGCGGCCGACAAUUGCAGAUAGGGAAGAUGAAUAUCGCCAAAUUAGGCGUAGGAUGAUUAUAUCCCCCGAACGUAAUGACCCUUUUGCUGAAGGUGGGAAAACACCAGAUGUUGGCUCUAGAACUUAUACUGAGAUUAUGAAAGAACAGUAUCUUCGUGCUGAAGAAACUGAGCUACGUAAAAAGCUUUUAGAAAGAGCUAGGGAAGGGACAUUGAAGCCAGUUUCACAAUCAAAUGGUGAAGCGCCAAAAGCUGCUGCUAAACGUAAAGGUCGCUGGGAUCAGAGUACAGAUGAGACUCCAGUGGCCAAGAAAACAGUUUCUGCUACUCCUAGUUCACAAGCUACGCCAUCCUGGGACAAUGAGAGAGGAGCUUGGGAAGAAACUCCAGGAGCGGGCGGUCGUGGUGGUGAAACUCCAGGUGCUACGCCCUCGGCACGAGUAUGGGAUGCCACUCCAGGACAUAUCACUCCCGGACACGCCACUCCAGGGAGGGAAACACCCGCUCAACACACAUCCAGACGUAAUCGUUGGGAUGAAACACCUAAAACUGAUAGAGAAACACCGGGUCACAACAGCGGUUGGGCUGAAACACCCCGUACGGACCGCGGUACUGGUGUCGACACAAUACAAGAAACCCCAACGCCGGGAACCAAGAGACGGUCUCGAUGGGACGAAACGCCCGGCGCCACCCCCGCAGCCGCCACUCCCACGCCAUCGCACGCCACACCAUCUCACGCCACGCCAUCGCACGCCACACCAUCACAUGCUACACCCACGCCUCAUACACCUGUCUUUACGCCAGGAGGAUCCACCCCUGUUGGAGUUAAAGCCAUGGCUCUCGCCACUCCGACACCUGGUCACGUCGCCGCCAUGACUCCAGAACAGCUGCAAGCUUACCGCUGGGAAAAAGAAAUAGAUGAACGCAACAGACCUUAUACAGACGAAGAGCUCGAUGCCAUGUUCCCACCCGGGUACAAGGUUUUACCACCACCGGCCGGUUACGUUCCGAUUCGGACGCCGGCUCGUAAGCUGACCGCCACGCCUACACCGUUGGCUGGUACCCCUAUCGGCUUUUUCAUGCAGACGGAGGAAGUGGGGGGCUCCGCCGCCGCCGCCGCGAGACUCCUCGAGCCGCAGCCUAAGGGGGCCCAGCAACUGCCAUUCAUGAAGCCCGAGGACGCUCAGUACUUUGACAAACUGCUCGUCGACGUCGAUGAGGACUCGCUGUCCCCCGAAGAAUUGAAAGAGAGGAAAAUCAUGAAACUUUUACUUAAAAUAAAGAAUGGCACUCCACCUAUGUGCAAAGCUGCAUUGCGUCAAAUAACCGAUAAAGCUCGAGAGUUUGGUGCUGGGCCUCUGUUUAAUCAGAUCCUGCCGUUGCUCAUGAGCCCGACACUAGAAGAUCAAGAGCGCCAUUUGCUCGUCAAAGUUAUCGACAGAAUUCUUUAUAAAUUGGACGACUUAGUGCGACCUUAUGUACAUAAGAUCUUGGUUGUAAUAGAACCUCUCCUGAUUGACGAAGAUUACUAUGCCCGUGUGGAAGGUCGUGAGAUCAUUUCGAACUUGGCUAAAGCAGCUGGUUUAGCUACCAUGAUUUCCACCAUGAGACCUGAUAUUGAUAACAUCGAUGAGUAUGUCCGAAACACCACCGCUAGAGCUUUUGCUGUGGUCGCAUCUGCGUUAGGUAUUCCUUCACUACUCCCGUUUUUGAAGGCUGUAUGUAGAUCUAAGAAAUCAUGGCAAGCGAGACAUACUGGUAUCAAAAUUGUGCAGCAAAUUGCUAUUUUGAUGGGUUGUGCUAUUUUACCACAUCUCAAAUCCUUGGUGGAAAUUAUUGAACACGGUUUGGUUGACGAACAGCAAAAAGUGCGCACAAUCACUGCUUUAGCUAGUGCAGCCUUGGCUGAAGCUGCUACACCGUAUGGUAUUGAAUCGUUUGAUUCAGUGUUGAAACCUCUUUGGAAGGGUAUCCGUACUCAUCGUGGUAAAGGUUUGGCUGCCUUCCUGAAAGCUAUUGGUUACCUCAUCCCUCUCAUGGACGCCGAAUAUGCAAAUUACUAUACGCGUGAAGUGAUGUUGAUUCUUAUUCGUGAGUUUCAAUCUCCAGACGAAGAAAUGAAAAAGAUUGUAUUGAAGGUAGUGAAACAGUGUUGCGGUACUGAUGGUGUCGAACCACAAUACAUAAUGGACGAAAUCUUGCCGCACUUCUUCAAACAUUUCUGGAAUCACCGCAUGGCUCUCGACCGGCGCAAUUAUCGCCAAUUGGUCGACACUACCGUUGAAAUUGCAAAUAAGGUUGGCGCAUCAGAAAUAAUAAACAGAAUAGUGGAUGAUCUCAAAGAUGACAAUGAGCAAUAUAGAAAAAUGGUGAUGGAGUCCAUUGAAAAAAUACUCGCUAACUUGGGCGCCGCUGAUAUCGAUUCGAAGUUAGAAGAAGCUCUCAUUGACGGCAUUUUAUACGCAUUCCAGGAACAGACCACCGAAGAUGUUGUGAUGUUGAAUGGGUUUGGUACAAUAGUCAAUCAGCUCGGUAAACGUGUGAAACCAUACCUGCCACAGAUUUGUGGUAUUAUUUUAUGGCGUAUGAACAAUAAAUCGGCUAAAGUGCGACAACAAGCAGCAGAUUUGAUUUCUAGAAUUGCUGUAGUCAUGAAGACUUGUCAAGAGGAAAAAUUGAUGGGUCACCUGGGUGUCGUAUUGUAUGAGUAUCUGGGCGAAGAAUAUCCAGAAGUACUUGGCUCAAUCUUGGGUGCUUUGAAAGCUAUUGUAAACGUAAUCGGUAUGACAAAAAUGACGCCACCUAUAAAGGAUUUAUUACCCAGACUCACACCUAUUCUCAAAAACAGACACGAAAAAGUACAAGAAAAUUGUAUCGAUUUGGUGGGACGUAUCGCAGACAGAGGUCCAGAGUUUGUGUCGGCGCGUGAAUGGAUGAGAAUAUGUUUCGAACUGUUGGAGCUUCUGAAGGCGCACAAGAAAGCUAUUAGAAGAGCAACUGUGAACACUUUCGGUUAUAUAGCUAAGGCAAUCGGUCCUCACGACGUAUUGGCAACACUUCUUAACAAUUUAAAAGUACAAGAACGACAAAACAGAGUUUGCACCACUGUGGCUAUCGCCAUUGUUGCCGAAACGUGUUCCCCUUUCACAGUACUACCGGCACUGAUGAAUGAAUACAGAGUACCAGAAUUGAAUGUUCAAAACGGAGUGUUAAAAUCUUUAUCUUUCUUAUUUGAAUACAUCGGAGAAAUGGGAAAAGACUAUAUCUACGCUGUUUGCCCAUUGCUUGAGGACGCCCUCAUGGACAGAGACUUGGUUCAUCGUCAAACGGCAUGCGCUGCUAUAAAACACAUGGCUCUGGGCGUAUACGGGUUCGGAUGCGAGGACGCACUCGUUCACCUCCUAAAUCACGUGUGGCCAAACAUAUUCGAGACCUCCCCACAUCUGGUGCAGGCCUUCAUGGAUGCGGUGGAAGGCAUGCGGGUGGCUCUCGGACCGGUCAAGAUAUUGCAGUACGCGUUACAGGGAUUAUUUCAUCCAGCAAGAAAAGUCCGUGAUGUUUACUGGAAGAUUUACAACACCCUAUAUAUAGGAGGGCAAGAUGCAUUGGUCGCUGGCUAUCCUAGAAUACAAAACGAUCCUAAUAACCAUUUCCUUAGAUAUGAAUUAGAUUACUUGUUGUAA